CCUCAACUUCUCCUCACAACUCACAAACACAAAGCCUCUUUUGCUCUCUAUUUAUCUCACUACCAAAAGUUGUGUUUCUGCUUCAAAAACAAGUACAAAGCUUGUUGUGCAAGAAAAAACAUGGCAAUUCUUGGUUUUCUCUUGGUGGUUCUUCUUUCUUUGAGCUCUUUUGCUUGUGGGUAUGGAGGAGGUGACGGUGGUUGGGUUGAUGCACAUGCCACUUUCUAUGGCGGAGGUGAUGCGACCGGUACAAUGGGUGGGGCUUGUGGCUAUGGAAAUCUGUAUAGCCAAGGCUAUGGAACUAACACUGCAGCUCUGAGCACAGCACUGUUCAACAAUGGGUUGAGCUGUGGGGCUUGUUUUGAGAUUAGGUGUGUGAGUGACCCCAAAUGGUGUCUUCCGGGCUCUAUUAUGGUCACCGCCACCAAUUUCUGCCCGCCAAACGAUGCCCUUCCCAACAAUGCCGGAGGCUGGUGCAACCCGCCGCAGCACCACUUUGAUCUCGCCCAGCCCGUCUUCCAACAGAUUGCUCAGUACCGAGCUGGAAUCGUGCCUGUGUCUUACAGAAGGGUGCCUUGCUUAAAGAAGGGAGGCAUUAGAUUCACAAUCAACGGUCAUUCAUACUUCAAUUUAGUGCUGAUCACAAACGUUGGAGGUGCUGGUGACGUUCAUGCAGUUUCCAUCAAAGGGUCAAGAACUGGCUGGCAACCCAUGUCAAGGAACUGGGGCCAAAACUGGCAGAGCAACUCUUUCCUCAACGGCCAGAGCCUCUCCUUCAAGGUCACAGCCAGCGACGGCCGCACGAUUGUCUCCAACAACGUUGUUCCUGCCGGCUGGUCCUUUGGCCAAACAUUCAGCGGCCAACAAUUCUAAACAGCAAACAUUAAAUUAAACAAAUUAUAGUUACAUGUUUGUUUAGGGUGUAGCUACAGUUAUUGAAACCUAGUACUGUUGAGAGUCAAAAAAUGAGAAGGGCUUAUAUUAAGGGGGCUCUUUAUCAUUUGGAAUUAAAUUAUGAGGUCAUUGUGCGUCUUUACUCUGCUCUCUUUUGGAAAAAGGCAGACAAAGAUUUCGGCAGCGGUGGGUGUAAAACCACCCGCCGGGUUUUGUUAGGUUACUUAGUUGUCCGUCUGGUUUGGUUUGGUUUGAUUCAAUUACGUUGUAAUGCGUUUUAUUUUGUAAGGUUUUGGAGAAUAAAGUCUCUCUCUUCAUGAGGAUGAAACUAGUUACUUGAAGUUUGAA